AUGCUGCGUACCCACUGCCCCAUCUGGACCGUCGAGGAGGAGCAGCAGCAGCACCGGUUCAAGGAGGCAAAGCCCUGCAGCUUUCCAGAGACCACAUUUGCGAGAGCCGUGGAUCGAUCGCUGCGAGCCUGCUUCGCUCUGCUGAGGUUCACCGACCAUAUUCAGGUAGUCUACGUCCAAGGCUCGACCGGCAAAGUCGACGUACACUUUGACAAGGGACAGGGUACGCUCAAGAUACAUUGGCGAUGGUUGGACUUUGCUUGUAUGCACCACCGGUCAUUUUGCCGGCCUUGGUCUCCAACCAACCUUGCCGAUACCAACGCCCCGUUUUUUUGUUGCCAUGUGGUGGAAGAACUUUUGGUUCAAUCGAUCGCAUCCAUGUUCAAGGCACAUCCGAUAGCUCGACCCGCAGAAAUGAAAUUCAUGCGGCAGAUUGGGCGGCGACUGCGAUACCUGCCGCACAGCAUCAAACUGAAGCCAUACCCCCGGGGCAUUCUGGUAAGCUGGGAAGAUAAUGAGACGGAAUCUUUUCGCACACUCGGUCCCAGCGGCCCGGACUACCAUGUGGUACUGCAUGAUGGGAAUUGUUCAAGUGCUGAGAUGGCGCUUCUCCACGAUAGAACAGCGCGUCCCAACGAGCUGGUGCCCUGUGGCUGCCGCCAGCAGUUCGCUCGUCAGACACGCCGAAUUUGCCUCUUCACGGGUCUGUCUCACGCAUCGACAUAUUAUGCAAUGAUUGCGUUGAACGAAGAUCGAGCUUUCUAUGGAGUGCCGUCUGAUCGAGUAUCUCCUGGAUCGUAUGAGAAGGUGAAAACCCUCUCUCGGUAG